AUGUCGAGAACGAAACCUCGCCAUAGUGGCACAUCUUCGAAAGAUCCCGGGCAGCGUACCAAGAACUCAUCUUUGGUCGACGAUUUGCGGAAGACGAUCCAACGUCGCUACCAAUUCAGCGAUCCUGGCGAAGCCAAAGAGAAGGACAAGAAGAAGAGUCGCAAUGAGAGUCGCAAUGAGAGUCACGAAACAGUGAUAGAACGAGGUAAAAAGCGUGAUCGCAAUGGCAGGAUCCUCACCCGACAACACAAGGACAAUGGCCGGCAGGACGAGCCCUCUCAAGGAAACGCAGGAGAACCAGGGGGUGAUGUCUUGGAACAGGAAAUGAAGACUCUUGGUGGGACGGCCGAAGAUCUGGAGCUCCUCGCAGAUGCAGACUCCGAGUCAGAGCUUGAGGGGACCACCCCGGGGGCAGAUCUAGAGAAGCUGGACAAGGGAAUGAGAAAUAUCCUCAAAGAGAUCGCCCUCGCUCAAGGAGAAAGCCGCGAUGACGGGAACGCCUCAAGUGAGCCCGAAGGAGAAGAUGAGGUAGAUGGCGAUAUUGUGUCUACGGAGGGCCAAGGAACUACUGCUGUCCGAUCGCAACAGGUGGAUAAGAGUGGCCGGGACAAGAACAUGCGGCUUAUCUGCGAACCAAAGCCGGAUUGGUACAACAUUCCUGAUCCAGAUUUCGACGCGAAAGAUUCUCCUAAGCACUCUGUGUCCAAGGAAUCCAUCGACGAACUCUACGAAUAUGCAAAGGCUCUUCUCGAUGAGGACAAUCACAAGUUCAAUGAGUCGCAACAGUCCUCGUCCGCCAAUGCUUUCUACAACACUGUCAUCUCAUCAGGAACUCUGUCGGACAAAAUAUCAGCCCUAACGUUGGCCGUGCAAGACUCGCCCAUCCACAAUAUCAAAGCUCUCGAAACCCUCAUCGGCCUGGCUCGAAAACGCAGUCGUUCUCAAGCCGUUGAUGUGCUCCGAGCGCUCAAAGAUCUCUUUGCUCAAGGUUCACUUCUUCCCGCGUCGAGAAAGCUUUACGCCUUUCAAGCCCAGCCUGCACUCCCGUUUGUGGUUUUAAGGCCAUGGAAAAGAGGGAACAAGCUGCCCCGCGGCCUUGAACAAAGACAUCUGGUGUCUUGGGCCUUCGAGAGCUGGCUGAAAGAGCAGUACUUUGAAGUGCUCAAGAUCCUGGAGGGAUGGUGCAAUGACGAGAUUGAAUUCUCCAAGGCCCGCGCCGUCAGCUACGUCUUCGAGCUACUCAAGGAAAGGCCGGAACAGGAAUCAAACCUGCUGCGCCUCCUUGUCAAUAAGUUGGGCGAUCCCGUGAAGAAAAUUGCUUCUCAGGCCUCUUAUUCACUGAUGAAAUUGCUGCUAGCACAUCCCGCCAUGAAAAUGGUGGUUGUGUCCGCCAUCGAGACAGAUUUCAUCUUCCGACCCGGACAAACCCUGCAUGGGAAAUACUAUGCCGUGGUUACUCUCAACCAGACAGCAUUGAGUGCGAAGGAGGAAGACGUGGCAACGAAGCUACUCGACAUCUAUUUUGGACUGUUUACCGACCUCUUGAAGAGCGACAAAGGAUUCGCAAAGAACGAAGCUGACACAAACCUUGUGCAGGGCAAAGGUCGCAAGAAAAAGAAUCAAAAAUCCCGAGAAGAACGCGGUCAGUCCCAGACCGAAGAACUUCGCGAGAAACUCAUCUCCGCCAUCCUUACCGGUGUCAACCGGGCAUACCCUUACACUAGUAACAGCGCCAGCAGCAAUUCAGCAUUCUCGGACCACCUCGACACGCUCUUCAAAAUCACCCACUCAGCCAACUUCAACACGAGCAUCCAAUCCCUCAUGCUGAUCCAACAAAUCUCCCAUUCUUCCCAACACAAAGCCUCAAGUGACCGCUUCUACCGUGUAUUGUACGAAUCUCUUCUCGAUCAGCGCCUCAUCACCGCGUCUAAACAGCAGCUGUACCUGAAUCUGCUGCAUCGUGCUCUGAAGGCCGAUCUGAGCGUGAAGAGGGUAAAGGCAUUUGUCAAACGGCUUGUGCAGGUCCUGAGUCUGCAUGAACCGCCGUUCAUCUGUGGAGCCUUUUUCCUGAUUCAAGAUCUCGAGAAGACGUUUCCUUCGCUGAAGGCCUUGACGGAUGAGCCGGAAGAUCAUGAAGGAGAUGACGUUGAGGUGUUCCGGGAUGUUGUGGAUGAAGACGAUGCGGACGCAACCAAUAAUACAACUAUCACGAAUGGUCCCUCAGACUCGGAGCAGCCGCAGCGCAGCAAUGUCUACGACGCCCACAAACGCGCCCCAGAACAUGCCAACGCCGACAACACGUGCCUGUGGGAACUCCUUCCCUUCCUCGCCCAUUUCCAUCCUUCUGUGUCCGUCAGCGCCGACCAUGUCCUGCGCCACCAACCACUCCCCGGAAAACCUGACCUCAAUUUACACACGCUCUCGCACUUCCUCGACCGCUUCGUGUACCGCAAUCCGAAGCUUUCGAGCUCGGGUCUCAGGGGCAGUAGCAUCAUGCAACCGAUGGCGACAGACAAUUCACAGGCUGUACUGAUUGCCGGAACGGGUGUGAGUGGGAAGAAGGAAAUUCCCGUGAACAGCGAGCAAUUCCGGCUGAAGAAGAGCGAGGAAGUCGCUGCUGAGGACGUCUUCUUCCACCAAUACUUCACGAGCUUGAAGGGCGGUAAGGCUGGUGAGAAGAGGGACAAGCUACAGAAGAAGAAGGAGAAGAAGAAGAGGCGGGACGCAGACGACGACAUGGAUGAUGAGUCCGAAGCGGAUGAUGAGGAUGAAAUUUGGAAGGCGAUGAUGCAGAGCGCGCCAGAUUUGGAGGGCGACGAGUUCGAGGACGACAACGAUGAUGUGGAUCUCGACCUGGCGGAUUUGGAAUCGGAUGACGAUGGAGAAAUUGCAGACGGAGACGAAGACUUGAGCGGGCUUGAAAACGACGACGACCAAGGCCAAGAUGAUGAUGAUGACGACGAUCAAGGCGUUGACAUCGACCCUGCGUUCUUUGACGAAGACGAGGACGAUCUCAUGGAGGACGAGGGAGCCGACGACGGCGGGUCCGACUUUGCGGGCUUCGACUCGGACACCGCCGCAGCACAACCUGCAGCGACGAGGAAGAAGGGCAAGCAGGGGGGCGAGGACGACCGCAGCCGCAACAAGAAAUCCAAGAGGUCGCAGCUGAAAAACUUGCCCACCUUUGCUUCCGUGGAGGAUUAUGCAAAGAUGCUCGAGGAUGAUGAGGACGAGGAUGUCUAG